AAUUUGAGUUAAAUUUAAUUAGUGAAAUUUCAUACCCACCCAAGCAUGACUUGGUGAAGGCUAGCAAAAGUAUUUAAGUUGUAGUUUAUGAUGAAAAUAAGAAAAAUAAAGUUAUAUUUUUCCAUUGAUUGAUUGAAUUCUUGUUGAUUCUUGGAGAAGGCAUGGGCACGUGCAUGUGCAUGGUUGUCUUCUUCGUCUUCAUGCUCUUCUUGGGCGCUCUAUGCGAGGUGGCAGCCGCACAAAACAACGUCGGCUUCGACUUCCCUUCUUUCACCCUCGACAACAACAACAUCACCCUCCUCGGCGAUUCCUUUUUAUGGAGCAACGGCGUCGUAAGACUCACAAACGUCGCAUCCACUUCCAGCACCGGCGCCGUCAUCUACGCCUACCCCAUCCCACUCUUCCACCCUCCAACCGCCACCUUCGCCUCCUUCUCCACCACCUUCACCUUCUCCAUCAACAACCUAAACCCCGCCUCCUCCGGCGACGGCCUUGCCUUUUUCCUCUCCCCGAACACCACCUCCACCAAUCUCUCCCUCUCCGCUCCACUCGGCCUCCCCUCCUCCUUCGUCGCCGUCGAGUUCGACACGCACUUGGACCCCCGCUUCGGCGACCCUAACGAGAACCAUGUCGGCUUCGACGUCGACUCCAUGAAGUCCCUCAAAACCGGUGACCCCAUCUUGCACGGCAUCGACCUCAAGAGCGGCAACACCAUCAUCGCAUGGAUCGACUACGACGCCGGUCGAACUUCUCUCGCCGUUUUCUUGAGCUAUUCACUUCCAAAACCCGUGGACCCCGUCCUCUCCGUCAAGUUCAAUCUUUCUCAACACUUGAGAAACCCCGUCUACAUUGGAUUCUCCGCUUCCACUCAAGGAAUUACCGAGAUUCACCAAAUCCAGAGUUGGACCUUUCACAGUGCUUGUGCUCCCGCAAGAACGAGGUUGCACCCUCACAACGUUUCCGUGAUGGGAACUGUACCUAUUUCUGGUUCGGGUUCAGGUUCUGGUUCUGGUGGUUCUACUUCUGUUUCUAGUCCAAGCACUAAUUCUACUUCCAAGAAGCAUGGCAAGAGGGUUGGCGUUGGUGUGGUUGUUGCGGGAUCGGUCUCUUUCUUUGUGGUUUUUUCAGUCUUGGGGUAUGUUUUUGUUCGGAGAUCGAGGGGUGGGAGAGAAGAAAAGUUUGAGAAUGGUUUCGUGGCAUGUCCUAGGGCGUUCGAUUACAAAGAGUUGAAGUCUGCGACAAGAGAGUUUCAUCCGAGUAGGAUUGUUGGGCACGGAUCAUUUGGGACGGUGUAUAAGGCGUUCUUUAUCUCUUCCGGAACCAUUGCUGCAGUGAAAAGGUCGCGGCACUCUCACGAAGGGAAGACAGAGUUUCAGGCUGAACUGUCCAUCAUAGCCGGUUUGCGGCACAAGAAUUUGGUUCAGCUGCAAGGUUGGUGUGUUGAGAAGGGAGAGUUACUGCUGGUGUAUGAGUUUAUGCCCAAUGGAAGUUUAGACAAGAUGCUUUACAAGGAACCUGAAGUGGGGAGGUUGCUGAGUUGGUCUCACAGGGUGAACAUUGCUGUUGGGUUGGCCUCUGUGCUGGUUUACCUACACCAAGAGUGUGAGAGGAGAGUGGUUCACAGGGACAUUAAGACUGGGAACAUAUUGCUGGAUGGAAACAUGAAUCCUAGGUUGGGGGAUUUUGGAUUGGCAAAGCUGAUGGAUCAUGAUAAGAGUCCUGUGUCCACUUUGACUGCUGGAACAAUGGGGUACCUUGCCCCUGAGUAUCUUCAGUAUGGAAAGGCCACUGACAAGUCUGAUGUUUUCAGCUAUGGGGUGGUUGUGCUUGAAGUGGCUUGUGGAAGGAGGCCAAUUGAGAGAGAAGGGUCGAAAAUGGUGAAUCUGAUUGAGUGGGUUUGGGGGCUGCAUUCUGAAGGAAAGGUGAUUGAAGCUGCUGAUAAGAGGAUGAAUGGGGAAUUUGAGGAAGAGGAAAUGAGGAUGCUUUUGCUCUUGGGAUUGAGUUGUGCUAACCCUGAUACUGCUGGGAGGCCUUCCAUGAGAAGGGUGCUCCAGAUUCUGAACCAUGAGGCUCCACCACUUACUGUGCCAAAAGUUAAGCCAACACUCACCUUCUCCUCUGCACUUCCCCUCACUAUUGAGGACAUUGUUUCUGACACUGAAGAAGUUUUCAGUACCAGCAGGUCUGUGUGUGAGAUCAACUUUGACUGA